AUGACAACAACAUCACAGAAACACACCUUAUUUGUAGCAGAACCAAUGGGAGACAAGCCUGUCACAGAGUUAGCUGGUAUAGGAGUGUUGGGCAAGCGGCUGGAGAACAGAGGAUUUGACAAAGCUUAUGUGGUCUUGGGUCAGUUCCUGGUACUUAAGAAGAACAGGGAGUUGUUUUUAGAGUGGCUUUCUGACAUGGUAGCUGCUAACUCCAACCAGGCAUCUGAGUGUUACCAGUGUCUAGCUGAUUGGUGCAGUGAGUUCCUGUAGACUUGUUGCCUCAGCUAAGGUGAAGUCCAGCCAUCUUAUCUUUAGCUAUGGCUCUCAGAAACCAUUCAGCAGUGACUGUUGACUCUACAGACUCUGAUCAGAACCGUCUAUUACCAGAACACAGUCCUACGUCUCAC